GGUUGUUGGGUCUAUCGCACACCUAUACAUAUAUUGUUUGCGUUCACUGUGCUUGCGGCUGGAACUGGAAGGCUGUACAGUAGUCAGUGACCUCCGCCGUUGCCGGACUGCACUUUCUAAAGAGAGACUGAUUACCUCAGAUUCGUCGUCAGCGAGGUUCCGGGAAUGGGAAUACUUCGAAGCCUAGAGAUUUGGAAACUGGGCACUGUCAACUACUUACAAGCACUUAAGCUUCAGGAGAAGCUUGUCUCUGACAGAAAAGCUCGUAAGAUUUCCGAUACUCUUUUGUCCCUACAACAUCCACCUACUUAUACCCUUGGCAAAAGGAGAACAGAUCACAACUUGUUACUACCCGAACAAGACCUCAAAAAUAUAGGAGCUGAACUUCACUACACGGAGAGGGGAGGGGACAUUACAUUUCACGGUCCACAUCAAGCCAUCUUAUAUCCUAUCAUAUCCCUGCGCGAUAUUGGAGUUGGGGCGCGCAAGUAUGUGGAGAAACUCGAGUUAACUAUGAUUGAAAUGGCAUAUUUAUAUGGUGUGAAAGCUCAUGCUGGACAAACAGGCGAGACAGGGGUGUGGGUUGGGGACAGGAAGAUUGGCGCCAUUGGAGUUAGAAUUUCAUCUGGGAUAACGUCCCAUGGUUUGGCAUUUAACGUGGACCCAGAUUUAAGCUACUUUAAGCAUAUUGUGCCUUGUGGAAUCGCGGACAAGGGCGUUACCUCGUUGAGGAGAGAGACAGAUAUGGUGCUUCCCGCGGAAGAAGUGAUUCAAGAGCAGUUGAUUUCUUGUUUUGCUAAGGUAUUUGGGUUUAGUGAUAUUGUUUGGAAAGAUGAGGCAUCCUCCAAUCCAUCUCGUGGGACAACUAAAACAUUAAACAAUAUAUUGCUGUCGAAUGACAAACAGUACUGACCGUGUAAUAUAUCUGUCAUUUUUUGACAUUUAUUUGUAUUAGUUGUUAAUGGUGAAUAAUAAUAAUAAUAAUAAUAUAUAAUCUCCUAUUCGAUUUUUUUUACCACU